GUUUGCUCGGGUAUGAUUCUUGCAAUAUAAAAGCAUGGAUGAUUCCUCUUAGCUCACAACUGAACUAUAGUGAGCCAUAUCAAGAUAUCAGACAAUAAAUAAAGUGACUUUCGUUUUAAAUAAUUGAACAGGAUAUUAUGGAAUCUGUUGACAACUAUUAUGAAGCUUGUGAACAGUUUUUGGAUGAGGAAUUUAAAAUGCGAUCCGAACCGAAUUCACGGACAUCAUCCAUAAAAUACAAGAAGCGACCAACACUACUUGCAGACUUUGACGACGAUAAAAGACGAAACAGUCUUCCUAUUACAGCUGAGAUGGCACUGUCUGGUUCGUUUGCAGAACAUAUUGUGCAUAGAAGACAAAAAGUCAAGAAAGUCAGAUCGUUCCGAAUGACAUCGAAGGGUAUUAAAAACGACAUAGAAGAUGAACGCCGACAAAGUAAUGCUAGUAUUUAUUCAGCGGUUUCACAGAAAGAACUUUUUCGAAAACGUCUAUCGAGUGAAACAUCUGAUGAUAGCGCCAUAUGUUGUGGAUGUUCGUCUACUUCAUCUACUGGAUACUAUCGUGUCUGUGUGAUGGGAGCUGACGCUGUUGGUAAAACAGCAUUGACCAAUCAGUUCAUGACGUCAGACCUAUUGUGUUCAUUUGACAUUGAAAAUGAUGAAAUAGACGAACAGACAUUAACAGUGCUCAUAGAUAACGAAGAGUCAACUUUAGAAUUCAUAGAUUUCUCAAAGCACAAGGAGGACAUUGAGAGAAAUACCUGUGACGCUUGUGAUGCCUUUAUUGUUGUCUUUUCUGUCCACGAGCGGCCAUCAUUUGAUGUGGCUACAAAGUACCUCACUUACCUUAGAAAUGAACUAUUUAUAGACAGAGCUAUCAUUUUAGUGGCAAACAAGGUGGAUUUAGUCCGUAAAAGACAGAUCGCUUCCGAAGAAGCAAAACAGCUUGCCAUCAAAUACAACUGUAAAUACACCGAGACAUCAGCAACAUUCAAUCACCAAGUUGAUGAAUUACUUGUCGGUGUUCUGAAACAGAUUAAACUUAAACUUAGUCCAGAAGUUGUUGACAAAUCCACAUUUGAAAUUCCAAAAACAGGAGUAAAACAAUCUAAGGGACCCAGAGGACUUUUAAGUAAACUUUUUAGAAGAAAAUCGAAACCAGCCAAUGAAGUUGUACUGGAUUUGGAGUGAAAAUCAAGCAAUUAUGAUUAGUAUAUCUUGAAUUAAUCCCCCCUCCAGGAGAAAAGAACACUAAUGCCAGUAGUAGAGAAAGGACAAAACUAAAAUAUUAUAGGGUUUUUUUGGCGACUGGUAUAUGAAAUUCUACAAUCUUACAGAAGAAAGCUCCAAACUAAUUGUUUAUGUCGAGACGACGAAGUAAUCUAGUGGAAUAAAAUUGUACACAUGUGAAUAGGAAAAACAAACAUCAAAGAUAGAAGAUUGAUUGAAAUUUUGAAAAAUCAUUGUAAAUAUCAUAUCCAUCACUCAUUCAAAGUAGACGUUUACCAUUCCUUAUUUUUUAUACAAAUAAAUUUUAU